AUGGUAGGAAUUCCAGGAAAAUCAAAGGGCUGCACGACAUGUAGAAGAAGAAAAGUUCGGUGUGACCUCGGAAAGCCUUCGUGUCAGCGAUGUACGUCUUCGGGAAGAUGCUGCGAGGGAUACGCCAGAUAUUCUGUCUUUAUCAACCGUGGCCCGGAAGGCUUACAGAGGCGAAAACGUCUGGAAGAGACCAGGGCCGAUGGAUUUGAUCCUUCUUCUGUCUCGGAUUCGACUUCCAUUAGUCAACUCAUCGUCUCGAACGGUGGUGACAGAACCCCUCCCCUGAUCUUCUUGUCCUCCUCGCCUCCUCCUCCUCCUCCUCCUCCUCCUCCACUGCCCUCUUCGGAGGGUGUGCUGCGCGAUGAUCAGUUGAUCUCCAACUUUUUCGAGAGAUACGCUUCCCCCAAGUCAUCACCAGAUUCCAGAUAUUGCUGCCACCCUCUCUGGCUGUACCACACUCUGCGUAUUAGUUUCCCUACCAAACUUCUUCGGCAGGCACUGUUGGCACUCGCGUAUACCCGACUGGGGAGGCUCAAUGAUGACCACCCCACGAUCACCAGAGGACAACGCCUGUACGGGCAGGCACUGCGCCUCAUGCAACAGGCGGUCUACGACGCGGACAUGAUGCGCCACGAAGACACCCUGGCCGCGGCCAGGUGCAUGCUCCUGUACGAGCACUUCGAAUCCACUUCGGACAACAUGACCUCGUGGUUCAAUCACAUCAUCGGGAUCUCGAGGAUAGUGGAGCUCCGGGGCCCGCGCAGCCACCGCACCGCCCUGACACAGUCGCUGCUCGAGUCGAUGAGGUACAGCGCCAUGAUCAUCAGCCUGAUGGAGAGGAACCGGUCCGCGUUCGGGAGACCCGCCUGGCUGACCGAACCCUGGCUCGACGGCCACAAGAGUCUCGAGCAACGCAUCAUCGACUACGGCUUCCACAUCUCCAACCAGCUGCACCGCGGGGACCUGCUCUUGCUCCGCGACCCACCCCCCGACCCGACGGAACAUCAGAUGGAGGUGGGCCGGAUCCUCCACGCGAUCCAAGACGGACUGUCCGGCCUGGAGGCACUGCACGCCGAACUCGGCGACCUUUGUGGUCGCUUGGCUGCAGCUGCGGACCCCCACGAGCCGCUCGACACUUCGUGUUCGUCCGUGGACAUUGGCGAGAUUUCCGCACUGCUGGGCUCGGCCAUCAUCCACGGCCUGGACCUGUCGUAUUCUGUCUUCGCCGCGGCGUUGCUCCCCGCCUACGAAAAAUGCACCAUCCCCGGCGCCGCGGCGAUGAGGGCCAACCUCCUUCGGUACACCGACCAAAACCGGAGACAUGCUCUCGCCCACAAAAUCCUCGUCCAGUUACAGACUUGCGUCACCACCGAAGCCGACUACUCGCGCGGCAAGAUCGUGUUGCCCCUGAACAUCAUCCGGUGGACGCUCCGUACCCAACCCGAAGACACGGCCAAGAUCAACGAACUCUUUGACCAUUUGACCUUGAAGGGCAGGUACCGGUUGACGAGGAGCGUUCAAAACACGGGCAAGUCCAUAUUACCAAAAGUUUACGUCCAAGGGAUUGGGGAGGGGAGCUCAGAAUCCAAGAACAUGACGGUAUAA